CCGAGGCCCUAAUCUCCUGUCGGUCCACAAGGCUCGGGCUCUGAGGAAAAUGGAUCUUUCUUUGGAUAUGUGGGACUUCUCACCUUUAGUAUCAUUAUGGAUAAACAGGUUUUACAUUUAUUUGGGCUUUGCCUUUGGCAUUAGCCUUUGGAUUUGUGUGCAGAUUGUCAUCAAGAAGCAGGUCAAGAAAUCACAGGAGAAAUCUGUACCAAAAGCAGGUCGGGAUUUUGUGACAAAUGGUUAUAUCUCCCUUGAAAAGAAGGAAAUCUUUGUGUCUGGAGUGAAGAUUUUCUAUGGUUCCCAGACUGGUACUGCAAAGGGAUUUGCAACAAUUCUUGCCGAAGCUGUUUCCUCUCUGGAUUUGCCCGUGACAGUUAUUAAUCUGAAAGAAUAUGACCCAGAUGAUCAUCUCGUAGAAGAGGUUACUAGUAAAAAUGUCUGUGCCUUCCUGGUUGCUACGUAUACUGAUGGCCGACCAACUGAGAGUGCGGAGUGGUUCUGCAGAUGGCUAGAGGAAGCAUCCAGUGAUUUUCGAUUUGGCAAAACUCACCUGAAGGGUAUGAGAUAUGCGGUAUUUGGCCUGGGAAAUUCUGCCUAUGGAAAACACUUCAACAAGGUUGGCAAAAACGUAGAUAAGUGGCUCUGGAUGCUCGGUGCUCACCGUGUGGUGACUCGAGGGGAGGGUGACUGCCAUGUGGUUAAAAGCAAGCAUGGCAGCAUCGAAGCUGACUUCAGAGCUUGGAAGGCCAAGUUCAUCUUCCGGCUCCAGGCACUUUGUAAAGGAGAGAAAGAGUCCUGUGGCGGCAACUGCAAGAAAGGCAAAUGUAAAUCUAACCAGCGUGGUUCAGAGGAAAUGGAGCCAGGGUCUCCCACCCAAGACGAGCUGCAGCACAGAGACACCGAGGAGGAUGAGCCCUGUGACAACACCAGUGAGGAAGAGUUUGGUGCUGGGGACCGUUGGAGCCCAGAUUCUGUGGUUGAUGUUGAGGAUCUUGGCACAAUCAUGGAUCACGUGAAGAAAGAAAAGAGAGAAAAGGAGCAGGAGGAAGAGAAAACUAGUUUGUUCAGGAACACAGGGAAGAAUGAAGAUGAUGAAAGAAGAGCUAUGAUAACUCCUGCUCUCCGAGAAGCCCUUACUAAACAAGGUUAUAAGUUGAUUGGGAGCCACUCUGGGGUGAAGCUUUGCAGGUGGACAAAGUCAAUGCUCCGAGGAAGAGGAGGUUGUUAUAAACAUACAUUCUAUGGCAUUGAAAGCCAUCGCUGCAUGGAAACCACCCCAAGCUUGGCAUGUGCAAAUAAAUGUGUCUUCUGUUGGCGGCACCACACCAAUCCCGUGGGCACUGAGUGGCGGUGGAAGAUGGACCAGCCUGAAAUGAUCUUAAAGGAAGCCAUCGAAAACCAUCAGAACAUGAUUAAGCAGUUCAAAGGAGCACCAGGCGUCAAAGCAGACCGCCUUGAAGAAGGGAUGAGGGUGAAGCACUGCGCGCUGUCCCUUGUGGGAGAGCCCAUCAUGUACCCAGAGAUCAACAGGUUUUUAAAGCUGCUCCAUCAGUGUAAGAUCUCCAGUUUCCUGGUCACAAAUGCACAGUUCCCUGUAGAAAUCAGAAACCUCAAGCCAGUUACUCAGCUAUAUGUUAGUGUGGAUGCUAGCACCAGAGAUAGCCUGAAGAAAAUUGACCGCCCACUCUUUAAGGAUUUCUGGCAAAGAUUCCUUGACAGUUUAAAAGCCUUGGCAACAAAGCAACAGCGCACCGUCUACAGACUGACGCUGGUGAAAGCCUGGAAUGUGGAUGAGCUGCAGGCCUACGCCCAGCUUGUGUCCCUGGGGAAUCCUGACUUCAUCGAGGUGAAGGGUGUUACCUACUGUGGAGAAAGUUCUGCCAGCAGUCUUACCAUGGCCAAUGUGCCCUGGCAUGAGGAGGUGGUACGAUUUGUCCGAGAGUUGGUGGAUCUGAUCCCUGACUACGAAAUUGCGUGUGAACACGAACAUUCUAAUUGCCUCCUGAUAGCACACAAUAAGUUUAAGAUUGAUGGAGAAUGGUGGACGUGGAUCAAUUACAACCGCUUCCAGGAGCUCAUCCAGCAGUAUGACGAUAGCGGCGGGUCACAGACCUUUGGUGCAAAGGAUUAUAUGGCCAGAACUCCUCACUGGGCAUUGUUCGGUGCCAGUGAAAGAGGCUUUGAUCCCAAGGAUACAAGAUAUCAGAGAAAGAACAAAUCAAAGGAUAUUUCUGGAUGCUGAGCUUAUCUGACUUUAGGGCACUGAAGGACAAAAACUGGAUGGCCCCAGAAGGUUCUUGGACUCCUGUGAUUUUUCCAAGGACAAAUUACUUGAAUGAUAUUUCAUAUAGUUGAGACUGUAAAGUAGCAUGCAGGGAUACAAGUCCCGCACCUGGCAGGCUGGAGAGAUGGCAUCCACCCUUACAGUGUCUGGACUCAGCCACAGCUCUUCUUACCAGAACUCAGUCACUUUCCUGAUUUUAUUUCUGAGAGGAAAAUCGUUUUUGGGGGGGGGAGUACACAGUCAUUACUGGAAUUUAACUCAUAGUUUUGAAUUACAUUUUAGUAAGAUUUCCUGGAAUGCUGUCUACAAGAACGUUACACAAGGAGCAAACGUCUGUGCUCUUCUCCUUCCUGGCUGGUGGCUCGCUGUUGAGCAGCUGCUCAGCACUGCCUUGUCCUCCCUUCUGAGAGAAGAUGUGGCCCCUCUCACAUCCUAACGCAUGCUCAGGAGGUGUCCUCCCACAUUUUCAUAAUUCUCAGAUACUUUUAAGUACUGCAUUGAUUACUUUAAGUCUUUUUUUAUUACCAACCCUUUAUGAAAUUGCAUUGGAUCUAAAACUACACUAGAUCUUACCAUGGUCCCGUACAAAUUACCAUAGAAGGUAAUAUGUAUGGGCCGGAUUGGAGUAAAACUCUCUUCUGUAAGAGCAAUUGCCGUGUGAUGCGUUCAGUGAUUAGUCUCAGAGACACACUUUGGAACAAGGAGCAUGAUUUGCUUCUGUUUAUGAGUCACUGUCCCGCCUGUUGCGCUGCACGUACAGCAGGCCUCCACCUUUCACUCCUGCGGCCCUCGCUGCUUUACACAAUCUGUUCUCUAAGGUGCACACUUAUUCUGAUUGAAAACAUCAUACUCAAUAGUUUUUUUCAGGUUGUCAGAGUUCUUUUAAAAAUUCCUUUUUCUAGGAGUUGAGUUAUGCAGUAAUCAUUUGUAAAGACUGGAGCAUGACUUUUCUUUU